AUGAGGCAUAACUGUUCAAUACAGACACAUGAAGACUACUUCAUAUUGAAUAGCCAUGCUAGAAAGGAAGAAGAAAUGACGAAAUUGUCUGUCAAUGAUAUUGAUUUCGUCAAGGGAUGUUUCUUGAGAUGUGAGUGCCAAGUGUUGACGAGAUUACCCAUGAGCUUAUUCGAGGCAUUGAUCCGUCGCCACAAGAUGUGUGGUGUUCUACUAGAAAAAGAAGUUAUGAGGUAA